AUGACUCAUGAGAAAAUGGAUCUAUACUACAAAGAGAUCCGCAAAUGGGAAGCACAUUUCUAUGGAAUAGAAUACAUACACGUAGUCUGGGACAAGAAUCAAGCAGCAGAUGCACUGUCAAAAAUAGGAUCAUCCCAGGCCCAGAUUCCACAAGGUGUUUUCGUCCAAGACAUUGACAAACCGAGCGUCGGAAAUGACCUGGUCGACAAGCCAAACAACGAGGCACUACUCAUCCAGGACGUCACCCCGACAACCAGUAGUGACGACUGGCACGCGCCUUUCAUCAAGUAUCUCUUGGACGGUUCAGGAUUCCAAGACAAGACUGAGAAUGAAUGCCGCAUUCGACAAUCCAAAAACUAUAUACUGGUUUACGGUUGA